UGCCCUGCUCAGUCACAAACAGCCCGGGAGUUGCCCGCAUUCCUGUGACCAGCUGGUGAGGUGCUGCUCCUUGGGUCCCAGGUGAGAUAGCGCUCUUUGAAGAGCUGGAAAGGGCCUGGUACACCAUCCAUCAUCCAGUCUCCCCUGCUGGGAACUCAGUCAUCCCCAGCUCCUCUUCUCCACUGCCAGUGUACCCAAACCGUGAAAACGUUUGAAGCACUCCUGAAACCGUGUUGCCUCCACUUUGGUGCAGGCCCAGAUGCUGGGUAUACAGAUGAAUAAGACUGAGUUUCUGGCUUCAAGUCUACAGAACAUGGCAGAGAGGAGGGGAUGGGCCACUUCAGAGAGCACAUAGCAAGUGCAAGAAGCAGUGGCAGCAAGCCUUAUGCUGCCAGUCUAAGGAUGCAGAAAAAGAGUGGCAGGAGAUGAGGGGGCAGAGAUGCUGAGAAGAAGGAGAUCUGGAACGGCCACGAGAGCCUCCCUCAGGUGCUCGACUCUGGCCAUGCUGGCGCUGCUCUGUGCCUCUCUGGUCCUGGUGGCCUAUGCCUCGGCCGACCAGGUCCAGCAGCAGAUGGGCUCCAACACGGAGGAGCAGAUCCGCGACAUGCACGCCAAGGUGACGGAGAUCUGGCAGGAGAUGAUGCAGCGGCAGGCGGCGGCCAUCGACCCGGACGCGGCGCUCCAUGCCGUCUGCCGGGUGCUGCCGUCGGCCACUCUGGAGGCGGAGCAGCCCCGGGUCAGGGGCCUCGUGCUCUUCCGGCAGCUCCGGCCUGGCGCCCUGCUGGAGGCCUUCUUCCACCUUGAGGGCUUCCCGAAUGAGCCCAACGGCACAAGCCGCGCCAUCCACGUGCACCAGUUUGGGGACCUGAGCCAGGGCUGCGACUCCACCGGGCCGCACUACAACCCGAUGUCCGUGCCGCACCCGCAGCACCCGGGCGACUUUGGCAACUUCGCCGUGCGCGAUGGCCAGGUCUGGAAGUACCGCUCCGGCCUGGCUGCCUCGCUCACCGGCCCGCAUUCGAUCGCGGGCCGUGCCGUGGUGGUCCACGCGGGCGAGGAUGACAUGGGCCGCGGCGGCAAUCAGGCCAGUCUGGAGAACGGUAACGCCGGCCGCCGGCUUGCCUGCUGCGUGGUGGGUCUAUGUGGCCCCGGGCCCUGGGCACGCCAGGCGCAGGAGCACGCGGAGCGCAAGAAGCGGCGGCGCGAGAGCGAGUGUAAGGCCGUCUGAGCGCUCCACCUAGGUGGCCCUGAGCUCCGACCGCGCACCGCAGACCCCUUCUAUGCGCUCUGGGAGCCCUUUCAUGCCUCGACUCCCCUCUAAAUGCCCCUAGACCGCUCCACGCCCGGACUUCUCUCCAGGCUCCCGAGAUUCCCCCCUGUGUGCCUCAGUGCCGCCUCGCCACAACAUACCCCAGUAUCACUGUACGCUGUGACAUCUCUCCCAAGGACCCCAGGCCUUUCUACACCCUGACAUUCCUCCAAGCGCCCAAGAUGCUCUCUAUGUGACCCAGGACCCCUUCUACGCAUCCUGGGGAACCCUGGGACCCCUCAACAUCCUGACGCCUCUUCAAGGACCACGAUCCCCUCCUUGAGACCCCAAGCCGCCUACCCGCUCACCUUGAUUUUUCUCCUUCCCCUCCCGGAGACACUCUGUACUCUGGAGUACCACUUCUGCCAUGGCUAGGAUCUAACUGAAAAUCCCCUUCACUUCGAGGUCUUCAACCGUGUAUAUUGAGACACCCCCCUUUCAUCCUGAGGGCACCCCGAGCUCUGAGGAACCCCCAGAGAUACCGAAGUAAACCCAUGAACCCUGAGGGUCUUCCAGACUCUCUGAGGUCCCUUUCCACCUUGACACCCCCAUCUUUACCUUGUGAGCCCUGAGAUCCCUCUAUGCCCUAAGCACCCACCUACCCCCACCUCCUAUGGGCUCCCUCUAGGCAUUCUGAGACCUCUCCAGAAUUUGCCUACUACCACUCCCCCACCUCUGCCCCCUAGCUUGUGCAGCCUGCACUUAGGUGCCUCUUCCAGGUGUCGCCAGGUAUUUCCCCCCCGCAACCCCACCCGCAACUCCCUCAAGAAAGCAGCUCCUUUGGGGGUUGUUUGACAAUGUUUGCAUUGCACAUUAAAAACUCAGCAAAUCAGUA